AUGGGGACCACAAGGCGAUCACAAGGAUCAUGGGGACCACAAGGCGCAGGAUCUUCAGCUAGCGGUUCUGCUACUGCUACUGUCUCAUCUCGUCCAGAAGAGAUCAUCAUAAUUGAGGAGCGACCAGAAGUGACCGUGACUGCCAACGCUAACGCGAACGCUGGACAACAAAGACCUUACGGUCCAAACGGACCAUACGGCCCAUACGGACCACAAGGACCAGGAGCUGCAGCUGCCGCUGCUGCCGCUGCCCAAGCAGGAUCACAACGACCAGAAGUGACCGUGACUGCCAACGCUAACGCGAACGCUGGACAACAAAGACCUUACGGACCAAACGGACCAUACGGCCCAUACGGACCACAAGGACCAGGAGCUGCAGCUGCAGCUGCUGCCGCUGCCCAAGCAGGAUCACAAGGAUCACGGGGACUACAACUACAAGUACCAGGAGCUGGAGCUGCCGCUGCUGCCGCUGCCCAAGCAGGAUUACAAGGAUCACGGGGACUACAAGGACCAGGAGCUGCAGCUGCCGCUGCUGCCGCUGCCCAAGCAGGAUCACAAGGACCAUACGGACAACAACAACAACAACAAGCUAGCGCUGGGGCCGCUGCCCAAGCAGGAUCACAAGGACCAUGGGGACCACAAGGACUGGCCGCUUCACAAGGAUCAGCUAGCGCCGGAAGCCCAGUCAUCAUCAUCGAGGAAGGCGCUGGUUCCUCUGCCGCCGCCGGAUCAGGAUACGGGGCAGGAUCCGGCCAACCAUGGUUCGGAGGACGCAAGGUCUGCCGUCUCUCACGCAGACAAUUCGUCGUCAAGAUCGGCACCAGGCGCCAACCAUGUCUUACUUGCUAGUUAUUUAAUUUCUUCUUCUAAAUCUUUUUCUGUGGAUACAUCUUUUUUUUCUCUUUUAUUUAAUACAUUCUGGCAUAUC